AGUAUUAAUUCCACUGAGGGCCUGCUCCUAGCUCCGCCAUUCAGCCUGUGGAACUCCGCCUUCGUUGUGCAGCGCUUAGCUGUAUUCCCAUUCCACCGGAGCGAAACGCGCUGCAAGUCGGGGGCACUUUUUUGUUUGUCUGUUUUUUUUGCCUUUUUCGCCUUUUUGAGGAUGACCUCUGACCCCUACAUCUUCUCCACUGAUACGCUGCCCUCUGAUGAGCGAUUUCUGCCUCCACUGGCCAAUGGGCUUCUGGGCUGGAGGGUGUUUGGUGACAGAAUGCACAUGGGCGGGGUCUAUAAUGGGGAGGCAGGGGAAUGUCACCGGGCCGACCUGCCGUGCCCAUUGGCAGUGAGGCUGAAAUUGGAGGAGCCAGGUAGACACGCCUACAGCCUGGACACCCAUACAGGUAUAUUCAGCCACACAGUGUCUACAGCCAGCGUGAGCGCCACCCAAUCAUUCUACGCCCACCGCCACGUCUCCAACAUGUUGGUGAUGGAAGUGAUGCUGGUGCGUCAGGUGACCACAGAGGAGCCAAUCACGGUAGAGCUGCAGGGCUCCUUCACGCCCAGCAGCGAUGAUGUCGUAUUCCAACCCGCCCCAGACUACAGGGGUGGGAGGCACAUCCAGGGGCAGACCAAAACGGCGGAGGUCCACGGGGACCCGUGCCCCAGCGUGCACCUGAUCUGGAUCCCCGUGGAGACGUCGCUGACGCUGCAGGCGGGCCAGAGCCAGUCGCGCUGGGGCUUCAUCCUGGUGGCGGGCGACACGGCGCAGAACGCCGAGGCCUUUUUCGACCGCGGCCUGGACCUGAUGAAGGGCGGGGACCUCCGCUCCUCUCACUGCCAGGCGUGGGCGGAGCUGUGGGCCGGCAGCAAGGUGGAGAUCACCGGCCCCGACGCCUUCAGCCGCGCCGUGAUUGGCUGCAUGUUCUACCUCCUCAGCGCCCUACCGCCCCUGCGCGACGCCCCUUCCCAGUUCGGGGGCAUCAGUCCUGGGGGGCUGUCCAAUGGGAGGCAGGGGCAGGACUACUGGGGCCAUGUGUUCUGGGACCAGGACACCUGGAUGUAUCCCAGCAUCGUCCUCUUCCAGCCUAAUCUUGCACAGGCUGUGCUGAAAUACAGGGUGCAGACAGUAGGGGGCGCCAAAAUCAAUGCACAGAUGCAAGGCUACAAGGGGCUGAAGUUCCCUUGGGAGAGUGCUGUGACUGGAACAGAGGUGUGCCCUGAGGACAUAUAUGGAAAGCAGGAAAUCCAUAUCAACGGGGAUGUUACCAUGGCCUUCCAGCACUACUUCUAUCUCACACAGGACUUGGCCAUGUUCAAAGAAGGGCGUGGCAGCGAGGUGAUAUGGGGCGUGGCAGAAUAUUGGGUCUCCCGGGUUACAUGGAGCGCUGAGGAGCAGUGUUACCACAUCAGAGGGGUUAUGCCUCCGGAUGAGUACUACUACAGUGUUGACAACUCCGUCUACACCAACACUGUGGCCAAAUACAGCCUCCUUUUCGCCAUCGAGUUGGCUAUCCUCCUCCAACAUCCAGUGCCCCCGGAGUGGCAGGAGGUAGCAGAAAAAAUCAAAAUCCCCUUCGACCCCGAGGCCAACUACCACCCCGAGUUUGACGGUUACAAGAAAGGUGGUCCCGUGAAGCAGGCGGACGCCGUGUUGCUAGGUUACCCUCUGGGGCUUCCCAUGAGCCCAGAGGUCCGCCGGAAUGAUCUGGAACUGUACGAGGCUGUGACUAGCCCUCAAGGGCCGGCCAUGACAUGGGGCAUGUUUGCUGUGGGAUGGCUGGAACUGGGGGAUGCUGGGAAAGCUCAGAAGAUGCUCAACAAGUGCUUCAGCAACAUCCAGGGUCCCUUCCAGGUGUGGAGCGAGGUGUCAGAUGGCUCAGGUGCGGUAAACUUCCUGACCGGAAUGGGAGGCUUCCUGCAGGCUGUGCUGUUUGGGUACACGGGCUUCAGGGUGCAGAAGAGCUGUUUGACCUUUGCCCCCCUCCUCCCUGAUGACAUCAGAGAGCUGCACGUGAGCGGCGUGGCCUACCUGGGCAGUAAGAUGGACUGGGUGGUGAGGGCGGAGGAGGUGGCCGUGUGUGUGAGGGAGGGGGCAGCUCAGCAGCCCCCCCUGCAGGUCGUGCUGAAGAACUCGGGAACCACAAUUCCCCUGAUACCAGGAAAAUAUGUGACCUUUUCUCGUGAGCCGGGAGAAGUACGGAAAGUGGACUCUGCCGGUUCCUGUUGGCCCUUGUAAGAUGCCCCCCCCCCCCCCCGGUCCGUGAGAAUAGCAUUCCCAAAAAUGCCGGCCAUUUUGGAAAAAAGCUAUCCACUAAGUACCCGGAUUCAUAAGGAAUGAGGAGAAUAUUUCAUGCUUAGUAAAACUACCGUGAUACCAGGCUCAGGGUUAAGGACUGACCAGUCAACUGAAACGGGUAUUAAUCCUGAAGCAGCGUACGCAAUUAUACCUUUUAAGGCUUCUUAUUGUUACCGAUGACAUAGGCAGAAACACUUUGUAAAAAACCGGUGCUAUCAACAUUUCUACAUCUUAGAAGUAUUGCUAAAGAGUAUUUUGGGAAAAGCAACAGUAUUUGAUAUAAAGAAGAGCACAAAAUCAAACAGUUUGCAAAAGAGGCCAAAGGACUUUGAUGGUAAUCAUAAACAUACGUGGUAAUAUUUCAAUCAAGACUUUAAAGCAUGUGACAAAACUACUUAUACAUGCGUCAUUUUUAUGCAUGACAGGGAUCAAUCAGUCUUAUGCUCUUUUGCAGUAUGAUUUUAUAAAUGACUGAAUAGCUUCUCAGCAUUAAAUUUAUUUACUGCAUUAUUAUUUCUAUAAUCUUUUCUAUUUCUGCUUUUUAAAAAUUCUGGUUCCCCCUUUUUAUGGUGGAAUAUUGAAUAUUGAUGUUUUUCUUCUCUGCCAACACUAAGUUUGAUACUGAAAAUUGAAAUUUCAGUGUAUGUUGACUUUUAUUUCAAUAAAAUACACUGACAUGUGCAUGA